AAUCAAAAAGCAGCCGGUCGGUCGCGAUACUCGCUCCGCGCAAGAAUCUACUACAUCAAUAGUAACAAUAAUAAUAACAACAACAACAGCAGAAUUAGAUGAAUAACAAUGGGAAUAUGGCUCGCAUGGACGGAAAGUUAACUGUAACAACGACGACCACCACUACGAUGCCGUUAAAGAACUUCAGUAUAAGCUCUCUUCUUCCUGAGACUGUGCUCGAUGUGCCUGCUCCGAGUCCGGAAGUGCUUCCGGAAAGUGAAUCCGAUUCGGAUCUGGAUGUGACUGGAACUCCUCCACCUCUGGAUUGCUCCAAGUCGGAUGAGAAGGAGAGCCAAGGAAAGGAUGAGAAGAAGACGAAUGAUAAGCCACCGUACAGUUACAACGCUUUGAUCAUGAUGGCCAUCAGGAAUAGCCCGGAGAAGAGGUUGACGCUGAACGGCAUCUACGAAUACAUCAUGCGCAACUUUCCGUACUACAGAGAGAACAAGCAGGGAUGGCAGAAUUCAAUAAGACACAAUCUCAGUUUGAACAAGUGCUUCGUGAAAGUGCCCCGACACUACGACGAUCCUGGUAAGGGAAACUACUGGAUGCUAGAUCCGUCCGCCGAGGACGUUUUCAUAGGCGGUACGACGGGAAAAUUGAGGAGGCGUUCGACGGCCGCUUCGCGCUCCCGCCUCGCCGCCUUCAAACGGUCCAUGGUCCUCUCCAGUUAUCCCACGCCUUUCCAGCCCUACAACCCAAUGAUGGGUCUGUAUCAGAAUCCAACCCUGCUUGCAACGAUGUACCAGCGGUACAAUCCCUAUCUGACGAUGCUGCCGAAGCCAUCCCCCUUGCCGCCUAGCAAUUUCGGCGUCGAUAGGUUGAUUGCACCAGAAGCCUUUUUGCGCCACCACCAGCAUACCGGGGGCGUCGGCGGCGGCGCCGGGGGCGGGUUCGAUCUGUUCCCCUCGUUGAGGUUACCCGGACAAAUGCAGCAUCCCAUGCAGCAGCUGCUGCAGCAGCAUCAACAACAACCCCAAUCUCUCGGCCCGCACUCCAGCUGCUCUAGCAGUCCUGAGCCCCGGGGCACUCCCGACGCCAUCCACAAACCAGUGACUGUGAUUACGCGACAAAGUUGAACGGUUAUUCCUGUUCGCACCUUUCUGUAAAUAGUACCUUAGUAGUCUCUUUCUCGAAAAAAAAGAAGAAACAAAUCGAAGAACGCAAGGAACAACUCGUGGUUACGGUAAUUCAAUUACUCACACCGAAUCCAAUUCGCUUUGCUUGAUUUGAUUAAUUAUAGAUAUGUACAUUUCCUAUUUAUUGCAAUAUUUAUUACCAAUAAUAAUU